CGUGUUUUUAUUUUGUGUUUAACGUUCUUUUUCUAUAUAGAUUAAAUGAAAAAGCAAUCUUCUGAAACUUUGAGGCAUAAUAGUGUGAGGGUUAUUGUUAGAGUUAGGCCUCUUAAUGAGAGAGAAAUUACUCGAGGUGCAAAAUGUUUAGUAUCUGUUAAUACAAAUGAUAGGCAAACUUUAAUUGUUAAAUGUCCUGAUGAUAGUGACCCUUCUAAUUCCAGGGCUUCUAAAAGGAGGAUACGUGAAUUCAAAACAUUUUCAUUUGAUAGAUGUUUAUGGUCUGUGGAUAAAAUGGAUAAACACUUUUCAGGUCAAAGUGCUUUAUAUGAUUGUUUAGGUAAAGAAUUUGUUUCUCAUUCUCUUGAAGGGUAUAAUACUUGUAUCUUUGCUUAUGGUCAGACUGGAUCUGGUAAAACUUAUUCGAUGAUUGGUACUUCGGAUGAUCCUGGACUUAUGCCACUAGCAUGUAAAGAUUUAUUUGAACAAAUCGAAGAGCGUUCAAAAAUGGAUAUAUGUUUUACUGUUACUGUGUCAUAUUAUGAAAUUUAUAAUGAAAUUGCUAUGGAUCUUUUAUCCGCAAGGGAUGUUAUUCAGAAGCCAGUGGCUUUGAAAGUUCGUGAAAGUCCUGUCAAUGGUCCUUAUUUAGAAAAUUUAUCUGAAUUUCAAGUUACUAGCUUUGAUGAUGUUCUUGCUUUUAUUCGAGUGGGUAACAAUGCAAGGAUAACUGCAAGUACACGUAUGAAUGAAACAUCUAGUCGCUCUCAUGCGAUUUUUACAAUAAAGAUAAAACAAGUUUAUUUAGAUAAAAAUGAGAAAAAGACUGUUGAAAAAACUUCUCUAUUUAGAUUGAUUGACUUGGCUGGGUCAGAAAGAGCAUAUGCAACCGGUUCUACUGGUUCAAGAUUGAGAGAAGGUGCUUUUAUUAAUAAAUCUUUAACAAGUUUGGGCCGUGUUAUAACAUAUCUUUCUGAAGGUAAAUCUGGUUCUAUAAUUCCAUAUCGUGAUUCUGUUUUAACUUUUUUACUUUCUGAUAGUUUGGGUGGUAAUAGUAAGACUGCUAUGGUGGCUUGUAUAUCUCCCUCCGAUUAUGAUGAAAGUCUUUCGACUCUACGUUAUGCAACUGCUGCAAAACAUAUACAUACUAAUGCAGUCGUUAAUGAAAUAAAAGAAAUAAAGUUUGCAUGCAAUGCUGAUAUAGAAAAAGAACUUGAUGAUAUGACUCGAUUACUUACUGAGCUUCGGGCUGAAAAAAAUGAGUUAGAGGGGCAUAAAUAUGAGUCUAUUAAAUUAAAAUCUAUAAUAAAUAAUUUGAAAGAUGUUUAUGAAACACGUAUAUCGUCUUUGGAAAAAGAGAAUGAGGCGCUCAGAAUGCACUUAAGAUUAGCAAUUGAUUCCAUUAGAAAUCCUAUUUUUUUUCCUAAAUUAACAAACUCUGAAUAUAGUGUUAAUGAUAUUGUGUAUGAUUGUAUCGAUGAUAAUGUUUUUGAAAUGUUUCAAAAUGAUAUAGAUACAUUAAAGUUCGAUCUUUAUAACUUUAGUCGUGAAUUGAUUUGUUGAAUAUUUUAUUGUUUACAUUUUUUUUUGUUGUUGAUUGAGUUAUAU